GUCAGGCACACAGUCUGUGUUUGAAUCUCUGUCUGCAUGGAUGCAGUCAUAUGCAGGAUACUUUGCUUCAUACAAAAUAUUAUGUUAUAUUUCAUUUAAUUGCACAUGUUUACAUUUUAUUUCCUGUGGACCCAAAUGACACUUUACAAACGCUAAUAUAAAAUAUAUAAAUACAAUAUAUAAUAAAAUAUGUUUAUUUAAAAGAUGCGUAUACUGUGGCUAAGCGAGCUAACUAAGUAACUACGCUGUAGGGGUGUAACCAACGAAGGUGGGUUGAGUGCUUGCAAAAGCGGCAGUGAUAUGGGGUGACUCCUCUUGUCGCUCUUGCUACUCUUUGGCUGCGAUGGUGGAACGGCUGCGGCACGAGCACCGGCACGAGCACCAGCACAAGACCAAGUUCCGAACUACACGAGAAACCUAAAGACGAGGACUUUGUGAUUUCGCUUCAAAAACAUUUUUUUUAAAAAAAAAAGUCAAAAUGUAUGCCGAAGAUUACUAUUUGCUUUCAAGUGAGAAAUAUUAACUUUGCCGAGGACGAGGACGAGGACGCGUCGGUAAAGGAGGGAGGAGGACGAUGGGGCCCGGUGACGUCUCUUCCCAAGUGCUACUGCGGCUGUUCAGCUUCAUCUCCCUGGUGAUGACCCUCAACCCAGAUGAUCCCAACGUGUGCAGCCACUGGGAGAGUUACGCCGUGACUGUCCAGGAGUCUUAUGCUCAUCCCUUCGACCAGGUCUACUACACCCGAUGCACCGACAUCCUCAACUGGUUCAAAUGCACCAGGCACAGGAUCAGCUACAAGACGGCCUACCGAAGAGGCGUGAGGACCAUGUACCGACGCCGCUCCCAGUGCUGUCCGGGUUUCUACGAAAGUGCAGACCUGUGUGUUCCCUUGUGUACCGAGGAGUGUGCCCACGGUCGGUGCGUCUCUCCGGACACUUGCCAGUGUGAGCCGGGCUGGGGCGGACUGGACUGCUCCAGUGCCUGUGAAAGUGACUUCUGGGGCCCCCACUGCACCAAUCGCUGUCAGUGCCGGAACGGGGCCAAGUGCAACCCGAUCACCGGAGCCUGCGUCUGCACCGAUGGCUACCAGGGAUGGCGGUGCGAGGAGCCGUGCCAGCCCGACCUCUAUGGCAAGGACUGCCUGCUCCGGUGCCAGUGCCUCAACGGUGCAACUUGCCACCACGAAACUGGCAAGUGCCUCUGUGCACCCGGAUACACGGGGGCCCUCUGCGAGGAUCCAUGUCCGCCAGGAAAACACGGCUCCCUGUGCGAACAACGUUGCCCCUGUCAGAACGGAGGAUCGUGCCAUCACGUGACCGGGGAAUGCUCCUGCCUUGCCGGAUGGGUGGGUCCCGUGUGCGCACAGCCGUGUCACUUUGGCUCAUUCGGCAUCAAUUGCUCCCAGGAGUGCACGUGUCGCAACGGAGGACUGUGUGACCACAUCAGCGGUCAGUGCCAAUGCAACGCUGGCUACAUCGGAGAGAGGUGCCAGGAUGAGUGCCCACUUGGUACGUACGGACCGCAGUGCGCUCAUAAGUGUGACUGCCAGAACGGGGCCAAGUGCUAUCACGUCAACGGUGCCUGUCUUUGCAACGAGGGCUUCAAGGGCCCCAGCUGCCAGGACCGCUUCUGUCCGACCGGCUUGUACGGACUCUUUUGUGACCAAGACUGCCCCUGCAAAACUGCAAACACUCUCAGCUGCCACCCUUUGUCAGGAGAAUGCUCCUGCGUAGCCGGAUGGGCGGGCUUAUAUUGCAACGAGACCUGUCCGUCACGUUACUACGGUGACGGCUGUAAGGAAGUCUGCGCCUGUGCCAAUGGAGGCGACUGUGACGGCAUCACUGGAGCGUGCACGUGUGCCCCCGGAUAUAUCGGGGACGACUGCUCCAUCAGCUGUCCUCCAGGCCUGUACGGAAUCAACUGCACGUCGUCAUGUUCCUGUCACAACGAGAUCUCCUGCUCACAUGUUGAUGGAUCCUGCGUAUGCAGAGAAGGUUGGCAGGGGGUGGACUGCUCCACGUGCUCCAGUGGAACCUGGGGUCUCAACUGCAAUCAAACGUGCCAGUGUACUAAUGGGGCAGCGUGUGACCCGGCCAACGGAACCUGCUCCUGCUCUCCCGGCUGGAGGGACGAAUUCUGCGACAUUCCGUGUCACGAGGGAUCAUACGGCUUGGACUGCAACGAGCGAUGUGACUGUGCCAAUGCUGACGGCUGCGAUCCCGUUACCGGAUUCUGUCGCUGCGUUGCAGGUUGGACGGGCGUCCAUUGUGACAGCGUGUGCGAUGACGGCCAUUGGGGACCUAACUGUUCAUACGGCUGCACUUGCGUGAACGGAGGCUCGUGCUCCCCGGAGGACGGCACGUGCGUGUGCGCCCCCGGCUACCGUGGCACCAACUGCAAACGAACAUGUUCACCUGGUUUCUAUGGCCAUCGCUGCAGCCUGUCCUGCCCUCAGUGCGUCCACAGCGACGGCGCAUGUCAUCACGUCAGCGGUCACUGCGAAUGUUUGUCUGGCUUCUUCGGUACCCUCUGCAACCAGGUGUGUCCAAGUGGACAAUAUGGCAAACAGUGCGCAGGGACGUGUUUGUGCACCAACAACGGCACCUGUAAUCCCAUAGAUGGAUCAUGUCAGUGCUACCCUGGUUGGAUCGGCGAGGAUUGUUCCAAAUCAUGUUCUCAGGGCUCGUGGGGUCCCGAUUGCAUUCACACGUGCAACUGUCACAAUGGCGCCCAGUGUGGCCCCGCUGAUGGAGAGUGCCAAUGCAGCCCUGGAUGGACAGGACUCUUCUGUACUCAGCGCUGCCCGACAGGUUUCUACGGCGCUCAGUGUGCCGAAGUGUGUCGCUGUCAGAACGGGGCCGACUGUGACCAUAUGAGUGGACAGUGUUCGUGCAGGACGGGUUUCAUCGGAAAGAGCUGUGAACUCAAGUGCCCUGCGGGAACGUUUGGCUACGGCUGCCAGCAGCUGUGUGAGUGUAUGAACAACGCCACCUGCGACUACGUGACAGGAACCUGCUAUUGCAGCAUCGGAUUCAAAGGCAUCCGCUGCGACCAAGCCGCAAUGAUGAUGGAGGAACUGAACCCCUACACCAAAAUCGGCCCAGCUCUGGCAUCAGAGCGUCAGUCGGCGGGCACCAUCCUGGGCAUCGUCUUCCUGCUGCUGCUCAUCAUGGCCAUGCUGGGCCUGGUGGUGUGGCUACGCUACAGGCAGAGGGAGAAAGGCCACCGUGUUCCCAACGUCACCUACACACCCGCCCUGCACCUCAACUCCGCUGACUACUCCCUCUCAGCAGGGCUUCAGUGCACGGGCCUGCUCUCCUCUGCCGAGUCCUCGCCUAAUAACAGCUCCGUAGGCCACUGCUUCUCGAACCCAAGCUACCACACGCUGGGCCCCUGCACCUACGCCGCUCACUACGCCAAGCCUGGCAAGAGGCGCAGCGCCAAGAUAAAGACCAAACGCCGACACAGGAACAGCGCUCCAGAGUGGGGAGCGUAUUGCAACCUGAGCGUGUACUGCAUGGACCGGCGGUACAGUUACAAUGUGGAGCCGCACUACACAGACUACAUGAAGGGGUCCCUGUCCAGCACCUGCUCCCUCAACAGCGAAAACCCGUACGCCACCAUCAACGACCCGCCCGCUCUGGCAUGCAAACACUCGGAGAGCAGCUACGUGGAGAUGAAAUCACCCGCUCAUCACGAGCACAUGGCGCGCUGCUGCUCGGCCGCCGUCAUCGCCGCCGCCGCCGCCGGUGCCGCCGUGCCCGCCAAGAACGUCUACGACAUGGAGCCAACCAUCAGCGUCAUCCCGGAGGCUCUAGACCCGGCGGUGCCCAGUUACCCCCAGAACCCUUAUGACCUCCCCAGGAACAGCCACAUCCCCAGCCAUUACGACCUGCUGCCCGUGCGGCCCAGCCCCUCCCACAGCCACGCCCCCCCUCUUCCCGGCAGCCCCACUGGCUCCCUCCUCUAGAAAUACCCCCCCCCCACACACACACACACAUAAGGAAACCAUGAAGAAAGACUUUUUUCUGUGACUUUGGGUGAAAAAAAGGACUUGAUAUGUAAUCACUGUAAAAUAUCUGAUUUUAGCUGUUUUGUGACACAAAAAGAAACCAAAAAAAAAUCACAAUAUUUUAAUAAUUUAAUUUAAUUUUUAUUUUUUUUAAUUUUAAAAUUUAAAAAAAAUUUAAAUAAAUUUUUAAUUAAUUUAAUAAUAAUAUUUUAUCCUCAAAAAGUGAAAAGGACAAACAAUUGCACAAAAAAAACAAACAAGACAGAAGAUAAGUCUUAUAUUUUUACACCGUUUCUUCUGACAGGAUCCGUAUUUUCUCUCUGAAAGUCUUUUUGUAUGUCGAGUAGAAAAAGUGCUGUGUUAGACGUACGUACGAUUCCUUUCUUUCUUUUUAGUCACGUCGGGAUGGAUGCGCAUGCAUGUCAAACAUUAAUUACGGUAGUUAGCCAGCAAAUAUUCUUAUCACAUCACUGAUGUAGCAGAGUGGAAUGAUUUUAUGUUAUAUAUAUAAAAAAAAAAUUAUAGUUGUGGAAGUCAUCUUUUUAAUUUCUCCAAAAUGUUCAAAAAUGUCCAAAAAAUAGAUGCUUUUUCUUUUAUUUGUCAACUAUUACUGACUCGGGAUGUGUGGAUCGAUACCGAAAUAGCGACACUUCUGAUGCUGGUCGAUUUCUCACAUGAAAAAUGAAAAAUGAUACUUUUGAUACUUCAGUCGUUGAAAAGGACCUGAAAGGAUGACUGAUUGGAAAACGCAGCCAUGUGUGAAUUGUGAAUAAAAUGUUCAUUCUUAGAGUUCUUAAUCAUUCAUCAUUGACUUGAAUGACAGUUUUAUAUCAGUCUAUUUUUCUUUGACGUUUGACGUUUUUUCUAUUGUUAG